UGAUUGCUGAAGUUAAACAAAAAAAUUCUAUUCGCGAAUUAAAUUUGUUUACUUCUUCAGUUAAAAUUGUUUAUGUUUUUUUUAUAAAAAAAACAAAACAUGACUGAAGUACUAUCACAUACUUUUAAGCAUGAAACAAUAACCAGUAUAAAUAAUCCAACAAAAGAUCUCGAAACAAAAUGUGGAGACAUUCUCUUACUAGCCAAUACAAAUUUUUGGUUUGCUUGUGGUUUUUGUCAGGAUCGUUUUAUUAAUGUUUUCACAUUUAUAAAUCACAUUAAAGAUGAACAUAUUCCAGAAGUUAAAGUUGAACCCUUACAAGAUGCUCCAACAACAACUAACUUAGUUGUAGACAACGACGACGAUGAGGAUGAUAAAAGUUCAAUAGAUUUAGAUGCAGAUAUUGCUUCUCAAAAUUCCGAAGAUGAAAGUAACGAAGAUGAAAAAAAGGAUAUUAAAGAUGAUCCUGAACCUGAAGUUAAAGUAGAUAUUGAAACAGAAGUUAAACCGAAAGAUGAUGAAAGUAUUAAACAAAUUGAAGAAGUUCUUACUAAAGAAAUCAAGGUUCCACGAAGAAGAGGACGCAAAAAAGCACUCUACGAACCAUUGAUAUCGAUUUCGUCAAAAGACAAAAAUGAGACUGAAAGUUCAGAUAACAAGAACAAUGAAGAAGCUCCAAAUGAAACCUCAGAGACUAAAACUGAGGAAAACGAUGAUAGUUCACCAGACAAAAAAGGUAAGAAAAAAUACUAUCGCAAGAAAAAUGUAUUCCCCUGUCCGAUUUGUAAAGAAAACAUAACAGAUGGUAGAUCUCUUAAGAAACAUAUUCGAUCGCACAAUGAAGGAGGCAACGAAAACCGUUUCCAAUGUGAGGAAUGCGGUAAAUGCUAUAAGAACUCAUUCAAUUUGAAAACCCAUUCGAUAAUUCACUCUGGAACGCGUCCAUUUAAAUGUGAAUUUUGCGAUGUUGGUUUUUCACAUCCAAAUUCUCUGAAGACUCAUCGCUUUUUGCACACUGGUGACAGACCUUACAAGUGUGACCAAUGCGACAAAUCAUUUGUGUCGAAUAGCAGUCGCAAAGUUCAUAUGAGACAACAUACUGGUGAAACGCCAUAUGUGUGUCAGUAUUGUGGCAAAGGUUAUACUAUCAAAAGUAACUUCGAUAUUCAUGUACGCAGGCACACUGGGCAGCGUAAUUUCCAAUGCAAUCAAUGCAAUAAGGGAUUCUUCAAUAAGGAAACUCUCGUUAAUCAUAUAGCCUGUCAUACAGGAGAAAAGAACUUUGUUUGCGAUGUCUGUUCGAAUAGAUUUUCCCGGAGAAAAGAUUUGGUUGAACAUAGAAAAUUGCAUUUGGAUCAUAAGUAUUAUUCGUGUAAGGUGUGUGGGAAGGAAUUUUCACAAUAUUCUGGUUUGUACUCGCAUAUGAGACAGCAUAAGAAUAAAGAUAAGGAUAAGGAAAAAGAGCAAUACAUCAACAUGAAUACAUUUUCAUCGCAAGUUAUUAUAAAAAAUGAAUCCUUUUUAAAUGAAGAAAAUAACCUGAUUGAUGGCAAAUAUUCAAAUUUUAAAGAAAGAAAAUGUGGAGAAGUUAUUUUACUGGCUAACAUUGAAUUUUGGUUUGUAUGCACAUUUUGCGAUGAACGAUUCCAUAAUGUUGUAAUAUUUCAAAACCACAUUGAGAAUGAACAUAUUAAAAAUAAUGAAUCCAAAUCAAAAAACAAUGAUCUAUUAGAUUUGCCGAAAAAUGAAGAAAGAGUUCAAGAUGUUCACACUAGCAACAGUUGUAUCAAUUCAACGGAAGAAACCGAUACAAAAUACUGCAAUGAUGUCGAGGAUAUUAAAAAUUUCACUUCUGACCAGUCUGAUGAAAUCGAAGAUGACAUUGCAAAACUCAAAAAUAAGGUGACACAUAAAAGUACAAAAGAACUUACAGAAAGAGCAGAAGAAACUCAUUCUGAUAGUUGCCAACAAAUGAAUGAAAAUGAGAACUCAGCAAAUGAGACAUUAGCUUUCAAAGACAGAAAAGAUUUACUUCUUCCAUCAAAGAAAGUUCCUAAAAAACGGAACCGCAAAAAGAAAGUUUACUCUUGUUCUUUUUGCCAGCACAUAGCCCGUAAUAAAAAUUCAUUAGAAGCACAUUUGCUAUCACACCAUGGAACCGGAACUAGACAUCAAUGCGAAGAGUGUGGCAAAUGUUUUAGGAACGCAUCGAAUCUUAAAUCUCAUUUAGUCAUUCAUUCCGGUACUCGUCCUUAUAAAUGUGAUUUUUGCGAUUCUGGUUUCUCACACCCAAACAGUCUUCGAACCCACCGUUACAUACACACUGGCGAACGGCCUCACAAAUGUAAGCUGUGUGAUAAGGGAUUUGUAUCGAGUAGUGGGCUGAAAAUUCAUAUGCGAGAACAUACCGGCGAAACUCCUUAUGUGUGUCAAUAUUGUGAGAGGGGAUUUGCCAAUAAAUGCCAUUACAAUAGACACAUUAUUAGUCACUCAAGUCGAAAAGCUUUCGAGUGUAAGGUAUGUGAUAAGGCAUUCAAACAUAGAGAAACAUAUAAUAAACAUAUGAUAUGUCAUACGAGUGAAAAGAAACUUGUUUGUGAUGUUUGCCAAAAACUAUUUAUUCAUAGGAAAAACUUGGCUCAGCAUAAAAAAAUACAUUCGCGUGUCAAGCAAUAUAUUUGUAAGGUAUGUAAUAAGGAAUUCUCACAAAAUGCUGGUUUAUAUUCUCAUAUGAAAUAUCACAAAAAUAAAGAUUAGAUUUAAUGCUAGUACCUACUUACA